CUGCCUAACUAAAACAAAAAAGUAGACUUUUUCCUUAACAAUUGAAAAUCCUUUUAAGAUUUAUAUUUCAAAUUUUACACGUGUAUAAAACAGUUUUACACGAAUACUCGCCUCAUACAUGGGGUAAAAUGAGCCAUAUUGGGGUAGAGCAAUCAUACUUGCCGUAGUUUUGGCUUUAAUUAAGUCGACAAAAUUAUAAUCUUCGCAACACAUAAAUUUUAAGUGUUACCACGCCAUGUUGCCAGAUUAUACGCAGAAGUACACUGGCCAGCUGAUAUUUUUGCUUUUACUUCAAAAAGUCCUGCAGCCCUGCGGAAAUCAGCUGAUGGAAAACGUUUUGCCUUAAGUUUAUAUAAAUAAAAUUUUUUUUUUCAGUUUAAAAACAUUGUCAGCUAUUUUCAAUUAGUAUUCCAAACUAUGCAUUUUACCAACAAGGCAACUACAAGUGGCACAUUCAAUCAGCUGUUUGUUUUUUCGCUCUCCAAUCGGCAAAACGGCUGUCAAAUAAACGUCAAAACAGUCGCGACUCAGAGAAAAAGUGGAAGAAAAUGAGGCGUGAAAAGCUUUAACAACGAAAACAUAAAUAAACAGAAGGGAACGAAAAUCUAUCUCGCAUAUGCUCAUAAGAAGAGUUGUGUAGCAAUGGGUGAUAAGGAGGAGCCCACCACACCCGCGCCAUCGCCCACGGAGGAGGGAUUGUCGGACAUUACGGCCGCUGGAGCGAUCAGCGGGGUCAGAGGUGGCGCCAUCGUUGACGGAGGGGCCGGUGACCCACUCCUGAACAAUACCAACGUAAAGAUUGUGAUCAUUGGAGCCGGCAUGGCAGGCCUAUCCGCUGCGAAUCAUCUCCUGCAGAACGGGUGCGACGACUUCCUCAUCUUGGAGGCACGGGGCCGGGUGGGCGGACGGAUUGUGUCCAUACCGCUCAGCAACAAUCAGAAGAUCGAGCUGGGAGCCAAUUGGAUACACGGCGUCUUGGGUAAUCCUAUCUUUGAGCUGGCCGUGCAACAUGGUCUAGUCAGCGUUGUUAACGUUCCCAAACCCCACAAAGUGGUGGCCACAACGGAGGAUGGGCACCAGGUGCCAUUCAGUGUGCUGCAGGAGAUAUACGAGGCGUACGUCUGUUUCUUGAGGCGCUGCGACGAGUACUUUCUCUGCCAGUACAGCCCUCCGCCGGACAUUCACAGCGUGGGCGAGCACAUUAACUAUGAGAUAGAGAUCUUUCUAAGCGCCGUGCCGGAUCCCAAAGAGAAGCGUCUGAAGCAGUCCAUUUUUAACUGCCUACUCAAGCGCGAGACCUGCAUCACCGGCUGCAACAACAUGGACGAAGUGGAUCUGCUCGAGCUGGGCAGUUACACGGAGCUACAGGGAGGCAACAUUGUACUGCCCUCCGGAUAUAGCUCCAUCCUGCGUCCUCUGAGCGCCCAGAUACAGAAGCAGUCGAUUUUUACCAAAUGUCCGGUGAAGAAGAUACACUGGAAGCGGAAAAAGACGUUCACCGGACUGGAGACGGUCGACGAGCACUCAGAGGACGAGCACUCUGACGAUUCAGAACGGACGGUGACUGAAGUUCCCACGGGCGGACUUCGGGGCGAAUCCGUGGAGUCGAACUCCAGCAGCAAUUGUGAUUAUCCAGCUGGCAAUGUGCGUGUAGACUGUGAGGACGGCCGUGUGUUUCACGCUGCACACGUGAUAUGUACGAUUCCUCUCGGCGUGCUAAAGUCCACACACCGCUCUCUAUUUGAUCCGGAGUUACCGCAAUACAAGCAGGAGUCCAUUGAGAAUCUCAUGUUCGGUACUGUCGACAAGAUCUUUUUGGAGUACGAGCGGCCGUUCCUUAGUGCCGAUAUAUCAGAAAUUAUGUUGUUGUGGGACGACGACAAGCGGGACAUGAAUAGCAGCGAGGAGGAGCUGGCCAGCGAGGAGUACCUUAGCAAGAACUGGUUCAAGAAGAUCUACUCGUUCGCCAAGAUAACAGAUACGCUGCUCCUGGCUUGGGUCUCCGGACGGGAGGCGGAGUAUAUGGAGAAGCUGUCUCAAGAGGUGGUGGCGGAGAAGUGUACAGAGAUUCUUCGAAAUUUUCUACAGGAUCCCUACGUUCCCAAGCCAAAGCGAUGUGUGUGCACUAGUUGGAAGUCUCAAGACUUUACGGGCGGAGCGUACACCUCGAUACCUGUGGGUGCCACCCAGGAGGAUAUUGAGAAUCUGGCUCAACCCCUGUAUGCCACUCCUCAGGCCACAAAACCCGCCAUUGUGUUUGCCGGAGAGCAUACGCAUUCCAGUUUCUACUCCACAGUGCACGGCGCUUACCUAAGCGGCCGGACGGCUGCCCAGCAUUUGCUGGCUAGCGAAGAACCGGAUGAGAUUAUAAUGGAGUCGGACGGCAGCGAUCUAAGCGCGUGGAUACAGGGCAUAGCCCUGGACUGAGCCCAAGCAAAUCAACGACAACUCAUCAUUUUUGUAUUAUAAUUUAUUUGCUUUUACAUUUACGUUUACACGUUUCAAACGCUUUACAGCGAGUGAUAUUUAAUUUAAUCAAGUGUAAUAUAUAUAUAUAUAUCAAUUUUGCGAUAAUAGUAGACCGAUUUAACUAAUUUUUGUCUUAAAUCACUUGUACAAUUAUUAUUUUAUGUUGUAGAUGCCAUUAUUGUAUAAUUUGUUUGGAGCCUCAGCUCGUAAAAUACAAUACUACUAAUAAAUGUUACAAUAUAGCUGA